GUGUUUGUGUGUGGAGCGUGUGUAUGCGCGCGCGCGGGGCCGUGGAGGGGGCGGGCUCUGAGCCCAGGGGCCGGGCUCCGCAGUGAAGAGUGGCAGCUGGACUUGCCAGGCUGCGAGGGACAGGGUGCAAAGCCGCAGUGCCGUACUAGCGGGCAGGCGAGAUAGACUGCUUUCAAGCUGCGGAUCCCCGGGCAGAGGUGGAAGACCCUGGAGCUGCCUAACCACAGGCGGGUCGCCUUAUCUCCGCGCCGCGCACGCCAGCCGCCAUCCCCCUCCCCCGAGAGGGCUGCGCGGGCGGGAAGACGCCUAGCCGCCAGCUUCGGUCCCCUUUCUCUCUCGGUUCCUCUUUCCUCCCAAGUAAGGGAAUAAGCCUCGAGAAAGGAGUGCCCCAGGCAACCGCGCAACCAAGUGUUGCAUAGUGAGGAGAAACCAGGAUUUCUGAAUUCACCUUGACUACCAACAGGAGGAUGUUGCCUGAGGAAUAGCAGAGGACUUUUCGCAGCUUCAGAGACGUGCCUGCCACUACCAUAGGCACCGAGUCCUCUGAGAAGUGUCCUGAAGGGCUCCUUUGUUGCACACCUGCCAUGAGUCAAGCCUGGGCCUCGGCUUCACCCUGGUGAACAAAACUCCAUCCCUAGCCUCAGAGUGCUCACACCCAGUUUAAAGAUGAGCCAAGAGCAAUGGGUCUCUCUCACUCCUGAAGAAUUUGAUCAACUUCAGAAAUACUCGGAAUAUUCCUCCAAGAAGAUAAAGGAUGUCUUGACUGAAUUUAAUGAGGGUGGAAGCCUCAAACAAUAUGGUCCACAUGAGCCAGUUAGCUAUGAUGUCUUCAAGCUGUUCAUGAGAGCAUACCUGGAGGUAGACCUUCCUCAGCCACUGAGCACACACCUCUUCCUGGCCUUCAGCCAGAAGCCCAGACAUGAAACUCCUGACCACCCAAAGGAGGGAGCCAGCAGCAGUGAGCCCAGUGGCCCAGAUUCUAAUGUGCAGAAUGCAGAUAAUGGUGCCAAAGCAGACGAGGCUUGUGCCCCUGAUACUGACUCCAAGAUGGUGGAGAAGCAAGUACCAGCUAAAAACCAAGUGGCUGCCACCCCACUGGGAGCACCGGCUGCCCUGUCUUCAAGCCCAGAUUCCCCAGUAGUGUUCCUGAAGGAUGUUGUGUGUUACCUCUCUCUGCUGGAGACGGGGAGACCUCAAGAUAAACUAGAGUUCAUGUUUCGUCUCUAUGACUCAGAUGAGAACGGACUCUUGGACCAAGCGGAGAUGGAUCGCAUUGUCAACCAAAUGCUGCAUAUUGCCCAGUAUCUGGAGUGGGAUCCCACGGAGCUAAGGCCUAUAUUAAAGGAGAUGUUGCAAGGGAUGGACUACGACCAGGACGGCUUUGUGUCUCUACAGGAAUGGGUCCAUGGAGGGAUGACCACUAUCCCACUACUGGUCCUCCUGGGGAUGGAUGACGCUGGCUCAAAGGGGGAUGGGAGGCACGCCUGGACCUUGAAGCAUUUUAAGAAGCCAACCUACUGCAACUUCUGCCACAUCAUGCUGAUGGGUGUUCGGAAGCAAGGCCUGUGCUGCAUUUAUUGUAAAUACACGGUCCAUGAGCGUUGUGUAUCCAAAAACAUUCCUGGGUGUGUCAAAACGUACUCAAAAGCCAAAAGGAGCGGCGAGGUGAUGCAGCACGCGUGGGUGGAAGGGAACUCCUCCGUCAAGUGUGACCGGUGCCACAAAAGUAUCAAGUGCUACCAGAGUGUCACCGCGCGGCACUGCGUGUGGUGCCGGAUGACGUUUCACCGCAAAUGUGAAUUAUCGACGUUGUGUGAUGGUGGGGAGCUCAGAGACCAUAUUUUACUGCCCACCUCAAUAUGUCCUGUCACCAGGGACAGACAAGGUGGAAAGUCUGAUGGCAGCGUGGCAACCAAGGGCGAGCUUGUAAUGCAGUAUAAGAUCAUCCCGACCCCGGGUACCCACCCCCUGCUGGUCUUGGUGAAUCCCAAGAGUGGAGGGAGACAAGGAGAAAGAAUUCUUCGGAAAUUCCACUACCUGCUCAAUCCCAAACAAGUUUUCAACCUGGACAAUGGGGGACCUACUCCUGGACUGAACUUCUUCCGUGAUACUCCAGACUUCCGUGUUCUAGCCUGCGGAGGAGAUGGGACAGUUGGCUGGAUUUUGGAUUGCAUUGAUAAGGCCAACUUUGCGAAGCAUCCACCAGUGGCUGUCCUGCCUCUUGGAACCGGAAAUGACCUUGCCCGAUGUCUCCGUUGGGGAGGAGGUUAUGAAGGGGGCAGCUUGACAAAAAUACUGAAGGACAUCGAGCAGAGCCCCUUGGUGAUGCUGGACCGUUGGUAUCUGGAAGUCAUCCCCAGAGAGGAGGUGGAGAAUGGGGACCAGGUCCCGUACAGCAUCAUGAACAACUAUUUCUCCAUUGGCGUGGAUGCUUCCAUUGCACACAGAUUCCACAUGAUGCGAGAGAAACAUCCUGAAAAAUUCAACAGCAGGAUGAAGAACAAGCUGUGGUACUUUGAAUUUGGCACCUCAGAGACCUUUGCAGCCACUUGCAAGAAACUCCACGACCACAUCGAGUUGGAGUGUGACGGAGUGGAGGUGGAUCUGAGCAACAUCUUCCUUGAAGGAAUCGCCAUUCUCAACAUUCCCAGCAUGUAUGGAGGCACCAAUCUCUGGGGAGAAACCAAGAAGAACAGGGCUGUGAUCCGAGAAAGCAGAAAGAGCAUCACUGACCCCAAGGAACUGAAAUUCUGUGUCCAAGACCUCAGUGACCAGCUCCUUGAAGUGGUGGGGCUCGAGGGAGCCAUGGAGAUGGGGCAGAUCUACACCGGCCUGAAGAGUGCGGGCAGGAGGUUGGCACAAUGUUCCUCUGUCACCAUCAGGACCAACAAGCUGCUGCCCAUGCAAGUGGAUGGAGAGCCCUGGAUGCAGCCGUGUUGCACGAUUAAAAUUACUCACAAGAACCAAGCGCCCAUGAUGAUGGGGCCUCCCCAGAAGAGCAGCUUCUUUUCACUGAGGAGGAAAAGCCGUUCAAAAGACUAAACAGUGUGCCAAACGCCAGCUAACCCAAGAGAGAAAACAAGAGACUGUAACUACACAAACACACACACACACACUUAAACACACACACACACACACACACACUUAAACACACACACACACACACACACACACACAAAUUAGUGGAAGCAAAGCCACCCUUCUGGAAGAAAACUUCACCUUCCAUACAGUCUAAUUCAAUAAAUGGAUACAUCCCUAACACAGCCAGUGCCCAGAACAUUUUGAAAAGACUUAGGGCCCACCAGGUUGGGUUGGCUCGUGCAGCAACCUCCAGAUUCCCACAGGCCUUGGGUAGGACUCUCUGAGACUGAAGGAGAAAUCUCUUUCUUUUCACCAGCUCUGCAAGUUUCCUCACAGUUGCUCGUGAGGAGCCGGCUGCAGGUUUCCUGCUACGGUGAGAUCGGAUGUGGUCAAGGGAAAGAGCUUCGUUCCAGAGAACUUGCACAAAGGUCCUUCUGUCCAGAGACAAAUCGGCCUCCAGCUCUCUGAGCAUAAUCCUUGGCAGGGCUCAGCACGCGCGAUGGUUUCUUGGUUGUCCUUUGAGCGACAACAUCUCCCCAAACUUGCUGAGGAGGCAGAAAGGCUGUGGAAAGCUGUGUUUCCAUUCCUGGUUCUCUGCACCGUCAGUGGGCACUUGUUCAUUUCCCUAAGCCUUCUCCUGGUGGCUGUGUGUUUGUUUAGAGACGGCUCCAAGAGCCCCCAGAGCUGCCUGUGCAGCACGCCUUAGAUGUGGUAUUUAUUUUCUUAGUUCUGUGAACACCUGGGAGGGAAAGUGGAGAAACUGGGAUUUAUUUUUUAAAUUGGUGUCAUAAUAUUGUGUAAAAAGGGAAGAGGAAAAAAAAAAAAAAAACACCCCCAGUUUCUUUUUUUCCCGAGCCAAAGUGUGUUUCCUGUUGAGUUCCAAGCCCUGGUGGCAGACUUUCCUGAAGGCAGAGAAGAGGAGAGGACAGGACUGUGCUGGGGGAAGACAGUCCAUCAGGAAGUUCCCUUCACCUCUCUGCACUUCCCACUCACAGAUUAUGACCUGAAGAACCUUCUGUUGGUCUUAUGUGUGUAUAUAUGUAGCAUAUAUAUUUAUAUAUAACAUAUAAAUAUUUAUUUACUGCUGGACUUUUACUGAUUGGAAAUAAACACAGGUUAGUAUGGGAAUAGAAAGCGGGAAAGAAACCCUCCACCAUUUCAUUGUCAACACAUUUCCUUGUGCUGAUCAUAAUGUUUAAGGGAAAUGGAAGGCAGUCCUUAUCAUGAAAAGAACUCCUAUUCCUGAGCAUCAAAACAACCAUGAAAGAUAGACUGGGCAGGGUUUACUCUCUCAGUUACGAGAUAAGGACAUUGAAUCUCAGAAAAGUAAGAGACUUCUCUCUCCGUGAUCUCUUGGCUAAUUGAGAGUAGGUGCCAAGAAGAAGAUACUGAAUAGAGAAAAGAAUUCACACAACUGGGAAUAGGGUCAUUUCUGGUCUCUGGGAAGUGAUUUCACUUGGAUCCAGGGUGACAUGGAAAAAUGAAUGUGCAGCACGCAUGUGGAUGGGUCAAGUCCAGAUGAGAGAUUGGGACCUUUUUUGCUUCCAAAAGUUCUCUCUGGACUGAAGAGAAGUUGGUCUGAGGUUGAAGACACAGGACAGAUCAUCACACUGAACCCACCAUAUGUCUUCUCAUCAUGGUCAUCAGAGUCUCUUCAUUUGGAAACACCCUUGGCUGUUGGAAUGGCCUCAGUGAAAAGUCACAAGGAGGACUGAGGCACUUUCUGCAAGGUGCUGCCAGCCAGGAGCUCCGUGGUCUUCAUUCAACUGGCUCAGAUAUUACCUCCCUUCCUGAGGGCAACUGUGCAGUGCUUCAUUGGUGGAAAGCAACAUUUCCUCUACCCCUUGGCUCACUGGGGCCCCCAUCCUCUCAGAUUUCUCAAGAGAAAAACAUGGACUGCUUGACAUCAUUCCAAUGAGCUCCCUCUAAUCUCCAUGCAUUGGGCCAGGAGCUUUGGAUGAGGAAGACAAUGUUAAGAUUGUGUGCACAAAUGGAGCCCACCUCCGAAGGAAGUAGUCAUCUAGGACCAUCUUGAACUGAGAUCUGGGACCAUCCUGCUCAACCAACAGUGCAGAAGGCUGAGCAAGGGGAAGAGCAGGCCACCCGAAGGAUACCCUUAACUGACGGAAUCUUAUGUGGUGCCACCAACAAGCUCCAGAAUGACUACAGGUACUAUCUUGGAAGCAACUUGAUCCCGAAACUGAGGCAGGUUCAGGUUUAGGUCACUGAUUCUGAGACUUUUGCAGAAGUUUUUGUAUGUGUUUCAUACCCCAAGACAGAGGCUGUUGAGACAUGGCACCAUCAACAGGUGAAAUUGAUUCUCAGAAUCUCACAAGUCUCACGAAGGGACCAUGCAGAAUUGGCUCCUACUCACUCUACCCCAAUGCACAGGACUUUAAUAUUGCUUGAGAGAUGUACCCCAAUCCUCCUUAGAGGCACAGAUUGUAAUGAACUUCCGUGGAAUUGCACUUCUGAUCUGGUCACCUUAGUAAGUCUUGUGUUGCUGUUAAAUCCUAUCUUACAAAUCAUCUUUUAAGCUCCAUGACUGGUUUCUUAUUGUGGAGUAGUACCUCAUCAGAGCGACCCCCACAGAAAAUUCUGAGGUUAGCAGGGAAGGUAUUAUUACCUCAACCCUAAUGAGGAGAAGGAGGUUUAAUGAGGCUUAGUGACUUCCAAAGCCACACAGGUAGUCAGGGGAGAGCCCAGUCUUAUUUCAUGUCUUAUUCUGAUUCUUACCAUGCUAUAGACAUGUUCUCACCUGCCUUCAUCUUCCACCCCACUAGCAAUAAAAACAGUGAAACAGGAAAUCAUCAGUACAUUGUGUUGUCCCUGGACCAAUGGGCUGGGAGCUGUGUCUCAUUAUGCCUUGGUCUUUGUGGGGUUUCCCCAGUGAGUUGAAAGUGGAGAUAGACUUAGCAAAAUGAUUAUAUUCAGGUCAGAGACCAGUUCCUCUCAAGAGAGUUCUUUCCACAGAUGGAAAAGAUACGUUAAAAUUGCCAAAUAAAUUAGGAAAUACUUGGCAGAACUGGGAAGAGCCUCCAGACUGGCGUUACAUAACAUGCAUAUACAUUAUACAUAUGCACAUUAUAUAAGGUGACAUAGUACUUAAUGUGCUGUAUAUAUUAUGUAAAUUGCAUAUUUGUGAGUAAUCAUGAUAAAUAUAGAGACCCACUAAUCACUUUUUUACACAUACUCAGUGACAGAUUAGGAAGUUACUUUGCCAGAAAGGCUUAAAACUUACACUCUCCUGCUGCUUUGGUUCCAACUCCUGCCAAAAAUAAUUGCAUCAACUUUUCCCAUCUCUAGCCCCCUCUCUUCUUGGCCAAAACUCUCAGUUACCUCCUGUCCCAACGAGGCUGUGCCUUCCGUACAACACUGCCACAAUCGGGAUCCACAAAAAUAGAAUCCUGAGGAUGGAAAGUAUCUAGAUUCCCAGAGUCCCUAUGUCACAGACCUCUACCUCAACACUCCCAGGCAGAAAACUGGUACCAAUCGGUAGCCAAAAUUUGGCAUGAUCUUCAAGAAAAGAAAAGUUUUCCUGGUGAAUAUUUCCUCUCUCCCCAACAUCCCUGAGAUGGCAAGAAGCAGGUGACCCAGCUAUAGAGAAGAGGCUUCGCAGCAAGUUGCUGACCCAGCUUCCAGCACAGCUGUCCUCCUCCAUAGAAUGGGAAGAAGUAACCUUUUGUGCUUCUCUGUGCCGUUGACCUCAAGGCCUG